AUGACAAGCCGUAAUUUAACAACAAAUUUUUUGGAAUUUCGAAAUCGUGCUACACGAGAUAGAAAUUACCAUAGUGAAGAUAAGUCUAAUGAUGAUCGGACAGCACUAAUUCAAAAUGAUGAUGAAGAAGUAGUACAAUUUGAAAAAAAUAACACACCAUCAUGGAUGGAUUCUCAGCGGCGGAUACAACUGCAAUUUGAUCAAGUUCGAAGUCGAAUGAAAAAACUACAACAAUUACAUGAUAAACAUUUAACAAGACCAGCUUUUGAUGAAAACUCGAGUGAAGAAAAAGAAAUUGAAUCAAUUACUAAAGAUAUUACUGCAAUGUUAAAUGGAUGUCAUACAUCUGUUCAACAAAUUUCAGCACAAGCAAAUAAAUCUCAAACGAAUGCAUAUGAUAAACGUUUGUCUUCUAAUGUUGUUCAAGCAACAGCAAGUGCACUACAAGAUCUGACUAUUAAAUUUCGAAAAUGUCAAUCGACAUAUCUCCAUAAAUUGAAAUCUCGAAAAGAUAAUUUUAAUCGUAUUAUGCCUGAUCUGGAAAUCGAUAUGCAUUCCAAUCCAUUCGGUGAUCAAGAUGAUCCGGAUAAUAAUUUCGAUCAGAUAUCUUUAACUUCCGAAGAUCAAUUACAAUUAACAUCUCAAAAUGUUGAAUUUCUUGAAAAACGUGAUAAAGAAAUUCAUGAAGUAUUAAAAUCAAUUGAAGAUAUAAAUGAAAUAUUUCGUGAUGUAGCUGCACUUGUAUCAAAUCAAGGAACAAUUCUCGAUCAAAUUGAAUAUAAUAUCGAAAAUACUGUUGUACAACUUGAACAAGGAAAUAAACAUUUAACUAAAGCAGUUCAACAUAAACGGCGUGGAUUAAAAUUUAAAUUAAUACUUAUCGGUGUUUGUUUAUCCGUUUUAUUUUUUAUAAUUUUCGUUGCAAUUUUACCAUCAAUUAUUCAAUGUGAUAUAACAAAUCUCAAUGAAUUUUUCAGCGCAGUCAAUCAAACUUCGAAUUAUACUGUAGGAUAUCUAUCUCAAGCUAAUUUGGAUGUUGUCAAACGAUAUUUACCAGCUAAUAUUCAGAUACAACUGUUUCAAGAUAAAAGUCAUAUGUUAGUGGCUAUUGAUAAUGAAACAAUUAUUGCUGGUAUAACAACAGGUCAACUUGUUCAAGAUCUUCAAUCUCGUUAUCAUGUAUUUACUUCAUCAAUUGUUUCGCCUCAAGCAAUGCUUGUUGCGCCUGAUUAUGAUGCAAAAUUAGCGCCUUAUGGUCUUCGAAAUCAAUCAAGCAAUGAUCUAUUCAAUGCACUUAAUGCUGCUAUAAAUGGUGUGCAAAAUGAUGGUACGGACGAAACAUUAGUAACUCUCAAUCAACGACAAGAUUUAAUUCGAGUUUAUACAUGUCGCCAAUCUACACAAAUACCUGUUGUUAAUCGUAAUGAUACAACUGGUUUUUUACAGGAUAUAUUAUUUAAUACAAAAAAACUUUUAAUUGGUGGUAUAGGACCAAGUGAUUGGGGUACACAUGAUGGGAAUUAUAAAGAUCGUAAUCCAAUUGGUUUUUAUCCUGAAUUGCUUACUAAGAUUGUUGAGAAACUUGGUCAGUUAAGUGGACCCGAUGGAAAUAAGUACGGCGAAGGAUUGACUAUCGAGAGAACAUAUUAUCAAGAUUCAGGCUCACUUUUUUCUGCCUUACUUAAUGGAAAAAUUCAUGCAACAGAUGUUUAUACACUCGUUGAUGUCUCAUAUACGGGUUCAGGUGAAGACUGUACGAAAGAAAAUAGUACUUGUCGAGCAGAAGAAACAUGUACGGAAAAUAUUUGCACUCAUGCGCCACGACCACGAUCACUCCAUUUUCGUACUACUUGUACAACAGCUAGUCGUGAUACAAAAUUUAUUACAAAAAAAUUUUUUGGAAUAAAAUCAAUUCAACCUGAUGCUCCACGUCAAACACCAAAAACACGAUGGAUUGGUUUUGUUUUAUUAUUUGUUACUUUUUUUGCCACUGUAUUUCUUGUAUUAGUUAUACUUCUUCGUCGUAAAAAGAAUUAUCGUGCUCAACAUACAUUACAAGGUGGUUUUGGUAAAUUUGUUCGUUUACAAGAAGAAAGUGAGCCACCUAUGGAUGGACUCGAUGCAUUCGAUGAUCAUAUCGUACAAUCACCCAGAGACAAUACGAACUAA